AGAAAAGUAUAUCAUCGCGACCACCAUGGCAGAGACCUGAUGCUAAACCUAAAGAUUUACAGAGAUCUCAAUUUGCUAUGAUCCAACAAUUUAACCCUAAUAGUCCAUCUGGUUAUAAAUCACCAGUACAUAAUAGAUGGGGCCAAAUAAAACAUGAACAUUCCCAGUCAACAGAGUCUCUUUCUAGAUCUUUAGAUUUUGAAAUAGGAUUAGACUCUAAACGUAGAACACAGCGCCAUAGAACUCUUACUAGUGAUAGUUAUGAUAUGACUAAGAGAAAUAAUAAGACAUUAAGAGAAAGUAUAGUAAAUACAGAUGAGUUUCGACAAAGAGAAUUAGUUGAAACUGACUGGAUACCGCCUAAUAAAUCUCCAUUAAAUAGAAAUAAUCUAUCAGGCGGUGGAAGUUAUCCACUGUAUAAAAAUGGUAUGAAGAGACAAUCCUCAAUUAACAUGAACAAUCCUAGAAUUAUCUUAAUAUCAUCUCGAGUACCUGCUGCUGAUUUACUAUUAGAUGCUGUAAUGUUUGGUAUAUUACCUAUUGUAUAUGAAUAUGAAGGAACAAGUUUAGAAACAUUAGUUAGUCGUAUUGGUCAAGUAUUAGAUGGAACCAAAGCUCAGAGUAUUGGUAUAUUCUGUCAUUCAAUGAAACCCAGUGAAUUAUGUUUAGUUCAUGGUGCCACUGUUACUACUGAUAGUCUAGAUGAUCCUAAUAUUAGACAAUUCUUUGAGAAUAUAACAUCACAUAUGGUACCUAAUGAUAAAGAUGGCAGAAUUGAUAUUUUUGUACCUUUGGCAGCUUCAGAAAAUGGUAAAGAAAUAUUAAGUGAACUAUCAACAUUAUCUGGUUUAAAAUUCUCAGCACCAACUGGACUUAUUGGUACCUAUAAUCAUAUAAAUACAGAAUGGUCUGUAUCGUAUAAAGAGAACAGUCCACCAGCCAUGUAUUUCUGUCAGAGUAAACUCAAUGUCUGGUCUAAUGUAGCUGAACAGGCUCAAGAAGCUUUAACAAGAUGUCGUGAAAUAAUGACACCAUAUUUCAGUAAAUUACAACAAGAUAUAGCUUGUCAAUUAGCAGGUCAGUUAGUAUUUGAUGUUCUAGGACAGACUGAUAUACAAGGUGUACAUAGUUUAACAGCUACAAUUAGUAGUGGUCUAAAAUCAUUAGGUGAUCAAACUAAUGUUAAACCAUUAGAAUAUCUGGGCAACUAUGUUUUAGAUAAAGCUGAUUCUAUGACUGAUUCUAUUAAAACUCUGAGAAAAUCACAGACAUUACAAAUAACAGAACUAGAAGAGAAUGGUAAUAAUAAUCAAGAUGAAUUAGAUAAUAAAGCUGAUUGGAGUGAUCAUGAAAAAGAAGAGGAAAGUAAACAAGAGAAAGAUAAAAUAUAUGAAACAUUUACUAGAUCUAAUACUUAUGAUAAACUUAAGAAUAAAACAAAUAAGUUGAAUACAUUACAGAGAUUGACUAGCCAAGAAUAUAAUGGAUGUAUAGAAAAAAGAACACCAAUAGCGUUUGAGAUAUUAUCAAGUGAAAAAGAGUAUAACAGAACAUUAAAAGCUAUAAAAGAUGUGUUUUAUAAACCAUUAAAAUUAGCUCUGGAAUCUAACAGAGCUAUCAUCAGUAGUCCAAAUGUCCAGACUAUAUUUUUAGAUAUAUUAUCUAUAUAUGAUGUCAGCAAAGAGUUGUUAGAGAAUCUAAAGAAUAGACUAAGUAAUUGGAGCUCACAACAUACAUGUAUUGGUGAUAUCUUUAUUAAAUUCUGUACACAUUUAAAAUGUUACAGUAAUUUUAUCAAUAACUAUCAGGUGAUAUUGAGCUGUAUUGAGAAAUGUCGUGAACAGUCUUCUUCCUUCCGUAACUUUUUAUUAUUACAUCAGAGAUUACCAGAAACUAGAAUGAUGAGUUUACAAGAGUUGUUGCUAUUACCUGGUAGAAGAAUAGAAGAAUAUGUUAAAUUAUUAUCAUGGUUUCAAGUACAUACACCAUUAGAUCAUGCUGAUAGAGAGGAUAUAGAUAAUAUAUUAUCUACAUUUAAACAUCUUAAUGAGGAUAUUAUACAGUGUAAAGUUAGAUUAGAAAGAGAAAGAGAACUGAAUAGAUUACAACAAACUAUUGUAAACUGUCCUGCACUGUUUGAAGCUAAUAGAUACUUAAUAAAACAUUUAGAUGUAUCUCAUUUACGACCACCAACAGAAUCUGAUGUUCCUGAAUUAAGAAUGUAUCAAGAAUUAGCCACACUAGGUUUAUAUCUAUUUAAUGAUGCUUUGGUUAUAACAAGAAGAACAUCUAAUUAUUAUCCGUUCACCAGAGCAGUAGAUUAUACCUAUAAAUUUGAUGUCAGUCUGGCUUUGAAUAGAUUACGUAUUACUGAUAUACCAGACUCAAAAUAUGUGAAGAACUGUUUUUGUAUGGAAACACCGAAAAAAAAAUGGUACUGUGCUGUGGAAACUGGUGUUGAAAAGUUAAAUUGGACAACUGUUUUAGAAGAAGCUAUACGUGGUGUAUUGAAAAGAUGA